AUGUUUUCUAAUGAACAAUUACAUUCUCAGUCAAAAAAACAAAAUAACCAAAGAAAAAAAUGUUCACAUUUAUAUAAUCAUCGUAUACAUUAUCAUAGAAAAUCGACUCAAGAUUUUUCAAAUCCACAUAUAAAUAUAUCGAAUGACUCUGAAAGAAUUCAAUCAUCUAAAAAUUUAACUGAACAAGAAAUUCAACAACGUCAGCUUAUUCAACAAUAUCUUUUUUUUAAACUUCAAACUUAUGCUAAUAAACCUCGCAUUUGGCAAUUAACACAUUCAUUACAUAUAAAACGACAUCUUCUUAAUAAAUCAAAACAUAUAUCAAAGCUUUAUUCUUUACCUGAUGAUUUUGUAUGUGAAUCUAUAAAUCAAUUAUUUACUAAUGUUGAUAAAUAUGUUUUACAAUUACGUAAACUUAUUCAAUAUAAAUCAGAUGUAUCAGUUAAAUCAAAUAUUCUAUUUCAAAAAAUACGAACAUCAAAUAAUCAAUGGUGUUCAUUACAAUUAAAACGUGCACAUCAAAUAUUUCCAAAUAUUAACAAUGAAGAAUUUACAGACAAUGAAAUUUUAGAAAAAUAUUAUAAUCAUAUUAUUGAAACAUUAACACCAGAAUUUGAUACAACUAUUCCAAAUUGUAUUGCACAACUUCGUGAACAACCAUUUGAUUUAAAUCAUGCAUAUGAACAAGCAGAAAAUAAAGCAAAAGAAUGUUUAGCACCUAUGUUACAAAAUUAUCGUAAACGUUCAAUACCUGAUCUUGAAUUAAUUCAAGAAAUGAUUAAUCUUGGUUUUGAACAUAUGAAAACAUCACCAAGAAGUGAAGAUUUUAGAAAUGCAACAAAUUUUUUAACUAAAAUUUCUAUACUUCAUAAAAUAAAGCAAGCAUAUGAAAGUGAUAUACAUAAUGCAGCUGAUGAGUUUAUGAUAUCUCGUUUUGCUAAAGCUUAUGGAUCAAAUGCAUUACCAACAACAGCACGUUUAAAUAAACAAUUUAUAUAUCUUAUUCAUAUAUUUAGUAAAUCUAUUUUACAACUUAUUAUGAUGAUACAAACAACAUCAGAUAAUAAUGAAGAACUUCAAUCAAUAAUAAAAAUUAUUAUUGGAAAUCUUUCUUCAACAAAAUUAAAUUCAUCAAUUAUUAAAUUAAAUAAUGAUGAUAUCUUUUCACCUAAAUUAAAUAUUGAUCAAUGGACAUGGUUAUUAGAAAAAUGGCAUGAUGCUGUACGAACAUUUCCAAUUAUACUUACAAAAGUUGGAGCAUUUGGUCGUUUAUUACGUACAACAAUUGGUAUUGGUAUUUCACGUUUAUUUAGUUUUGCUGAAACAAUUAUUGAUAAUAAUCAAAUGUUAGAUUUAGCAUUUAUGAAUGAACAAUUAUUUUAUGCACUUCAAAUAGGUUUUUAUUUUGGUAUUGCAUAUGGUAUUGUUGAUUGUUUACAAGAUGAAAUUCAAAAUUCAGAUAGAAUUCCUUCACAACAUUUAGAAUUGUUUAAAACAGAAACAAAUGAAAAUGAAAAUUUAUCAAAACCAAUUGAAAUAUUAGAUAAAUGGACAUUGAUUAUGGAAGAAUUAUUACGUGGAGGAGAAUUCAAUCGAAAUGAAAUACCAAAAACACCAUUAACACCAUUAUUAUUAGAAACAUUUGAUAGUCUUAUUGCAUUAACGAAAAGUAUUAAUGUAACACGUGCAGUUUUUAAUGACUUGGCUCUAUUAUUAAGAUCACAAAGAAUGGAUAAAAAAGUAAUGGAAAAUUUCUAUAAUGAUGAAGAACUUUACUUGGGUGCUAUGCUUAAAUCUCACUUCUCAUAUACAUGUACAAUCUAUAUGGCUAAAAUUCAAUUGACUUCUGAAGAAAAUGAGAAUUUAUGGAUAACACCAUUUGUAGCUCAAUUAACUGAUGAUUGUCGAGAUUUUCAUGAAGAUUUUCAAUCAAAUUCUGUUACUUCAUUUACACAUUAUGCAUCAUUUAUUCGUCAUCAACAAUCAUCAGAUAAACAUUUACUUAAUCCAUUUUAUGUAUUUUUAUAUUCUUGUUCUGAUAUGUAUUUAUCAUCUGGUCGUGAUAUUCAAAUUGGUGCUUUUAUUGGUCGUCGUAUAGCACGUACAUUAAAAUCAAUUGAAAUAAAUUUCGGUGAAUCUGCAUUACGUGAAUUUCUUUAUUUAUUUUGUCAUAAUAAUUUAUUAUUACAUGAUUAUUUUUGGAUAAAUCUUCGUAAUUAUCUUUCAAAUGUAAGUGAUCCAGAAAAAUCUUUAGUUCGAAUGAUUAAUAAAGUAAGUAUAAAAUAUGCACGAACAAAUCGUAAAUUAGAAACAUAUGUUGGUGAUCAUUUACAACAAAUUGAAAAUGCUUUACAUAUUGAUUCAUUUAAUAAAAAUAAAAAAUCUUUAUCAAUUAUUAUUAAUCGAGAUGAAGAAUUAUUAAUUUCAGCUAUGAAUUAUAG